GGAGCGGCGGCAGGAGCAGAGCCGACGAGAUGGGGGACUCCAAAGUGAAGGUGGCGGUGCGGGUCCGGCCCAUGAACAGGAGAGAAAUAGACCUGCAUACAAAAUGUGUGGUAGAUGUGGAUGCAAACAAAGUUAUUCUUCAUCCAGUUAACACUAAUCUUGCAAAAGGAGAUGCCAGGAGUCAACCAAAGGUUUUUGCCUAUGAUCACUGCUUCUGGUCUAUGGAUGAAGCACUCAAAGAAAAAUAUGCAGGCCAAGAUGUUGUUUUCAAGUGCCUUGGAGAGAGCAUUCUCCAGAACGCCUUUGAAGGCUAUAAUGCAUGCAUCUUUGCCUAUGGACAGACUGGGUCUGGAAAAUCUUACACAAUGAUGGGCACAGCUGACCAACCUGGAUUAAUUCCUCGGCUCUGCAGCACGCUCUUCGAGAGAGCCCAAAAAGAAGAGAAUGAAGAGCAGAGUUUCAAAGUGGAAGUGUCCUACAUGGAGAUUUACAAUGAGAAAGUCAGAGAUCUUUUGGACCCAAAGGGGAGCCGCCAAUCUUUAAAAGUCAGAGAGCACAAUGUCUACGGGCCAUACGUAGAUGGGCUUUCAAAACUGGCCGUUGCCAGUUACAAGGAUAUAGAAUCUCUGAUGUCCGAAGGAAACAAAUCUCGGACAGUUGCUGCAACCAACAUGAAUGAAGAGAGUAGUCGGUCCCACGCCGUUUUCAAGAUCAUUCUCACGCACACAUUGUAUGACGUAAAAUCAGGGACAUCUGGCGAGAAAGUGGGGAAACUGAGCCUGGUUGACUUAGCAGGGAGUGAAAGAGCAACAAAGACUGGAGCUGCAGGCGACAGGCUGAAGGAAGGAAGCAAUAUCAACAAGUCACUCACAACUCUUGGACUGGUUAUUUCUGCCCUUGCAGAUCAGGCUGCCGGCAAAAAUAAGAACAAAUUUGUUCCCUAUCGUGACUCGGUGCUCACUUGGCUACUCAAAGACAGCCUGGGUGGCAACAGCAAAACAGCUAUGGUAGCAACAGUCAGCCCAGCCGCAGAUAAUUACGAUGAGACGCUUUCCACCCUGAGAUAUGCUGACCGGGCCAAGAAUAUUGUGAACCACGCAGUGGUGAACGAAGACCCAAAUGCUCGCAUAAUCCGAGAAUUGCGAGAGGAGGUGGAGAAACUUAGGGAGCAACUUACAAAAGCAGAGGCAAUGAAAUCCCCGGAACUGAAAGAUCGCUUGGAGGAAUCUGAAAAACUCAUCCAAGAGAUGACUGUGACCUGGGAAGAGAAACUACGAAAAACAGAGGAAAUUGCGCAGGAGCGGCAGAAGCAGCUUGAAAGCCUUGGCAUCUCUCUCCAGUCCUCUGGGAUCAAAGUUGGUGAUAACAAGUGCUUUCUGGUUAACUUGAAUGCUGACCCUGCUCUCAAUGAACUCCUGGUCUACUAUUUAAAGGAGCACACAUUAAUCGGGUCAGAUAAUUCCCAGGAUAUUCAGCUAUGUGGAAUGGGAAUUCUCCCUGAGCAUUGUAUAAUAGAUAUCACUUCAGAUGGACAAGUUAUGCUGACACCUCAGAAGAACACUAGGACAUUUGUCAAUGGUACGGCUGUCCCAGGCCCCACACAGCUUCACCAUGGAGACAGAAUUCUGUGGGGAAACAACCAUUUCUUCAGGCUAAAUCUGCCAAAAAAGAAAAAAAAGACAGAAGCCGAGGACGAAGACAAUUUGAUGAAAGGAAGCAACAGCUCUGAGCAGUUGGAUUUAGAUGGAGACAACUCCAGUGAAGUGUCCAGUGAGAUCAACUUCAGCUACGAAUACGCCCAGAUGGAGGUGACCAUGAAAGCACUUGGUGGCAACGAUCCAAUGCAGUCAAUCUUGCAGAGCCUUGAGCAGCAGCAUGAAGAAGAGAAGCGGUCUGCCCUGGAGCGACAAAGGGUUAUGUACGAACAUGAGUUGGAACAGCUCAGAAGGCGGUUGUCUCCAGAGAAACAGCACUUCCGAGCUAUGGACAGGUUCUCCUUCCAUUCUCCCAGUGCUCAGCAACGAUUACGACAGUGGGCAGAAGAUAGAGAAGAGAUGCUAAACCACAGCCUGAGAAAACUGAGGGAGCAGAUUGUGAAGGCCAACUUGUAUGUGAGAGAAGCCAGCUUCAUUGCAGAAGAAAUGGAUAAAAGAACAGAGUACAAGGUUACUCUGCAGAUCCCAGCCUCGAGCCUCAACGCAAACAGAAAGCGAGGUGCUGUUCUGAGUGAACCAGCCAUUCAAGUGAGGAGAAAAGGUAAAGGGAAACAGAUCUGGUCGCUGGAGAAGCUGGAGAACCGACUGGUAGACAUGCGGGACCUCUAUCAAGAAUGGAAGGACUGUGAGGAGGACAACAUGGUCAUGAGGUCUUACUUCAGGCGAGCAGAUCCUUUUUAUGAUGAGCAAGAGAAUCACAGCCUUAUUGGGGUGGCCAAUGUUUUCCUCAACUCCCUCUCUCAUGAUGUGAAGCUGCAGUAUGCUGUCCCAAUCAUCAACCAGAAAGGAGAGGUGGCAGGUAGACUGCAUGUUGAAGUGGUGCGUGUGAGCGGUGAGAUCGGGGAGCGAAUCGCAGGAGGUGACGACAGCUUGGAGGCCUCCACUGAAAAUGAUUUGCAGGAGCAGAAGGUGGUAUGCAUGAUCAAAAUCCUUCAAGCCACAGGUUUGCCCCAGCAUCUCUCCAACUUCGUGUUCUGCAAAUAUUCUUUCUGGGAUCAGCUGGAACCGGUGACGGUGGCCCCCGAAGUGGACCCCUCUCUUUCCCCCGUCAGCAAGGAGCCACGGUGCAUGGUCGUCUUUGACCACUGCAAUGAGUUCACUGUAAAUGUCACUGAAGAUUUUUUGGAGUAUCUGUAUGAUGGUGCUUUAGCCAUUGAAGUUUAUGGGCACAAGCAGUGCGACCCUCGCAAAAACCCGGCACUGUGGGAUCUGGGCAUAAUUCAAGCUAAAACACGAAGUCUUCGAGACAGGUGGAGUGAGGUCACUCGCAAAGUGGAGCUGUGGGUUCAAAUUCUGGAGCUUAAUGAGAAUGGAGAGUAUUGCCCAGUAGAGGUGAUACCGGCCAAGGAUGUGCAUACUGGUGGCAUCUUUCAGCUCAGGCAGGGACAGUCACGCCGAAUUCAAGUGGAAGUGAAAUCUGUGCAGGAAUCUGGAACGUUGCCUCUCAUGGAAGAAUCAGUACUAUCCGUCGGAGUGGGUUGCGUUCAGAUAAGAAACAUCAAGUCACCAAAAAGUCAUGAGAAUUUUCAGGAGGAAGACGACGAUAUGGACAGUUACCAGGAUAGAGACCUGGAGAGGCUGCGUCGGAAGUGGCUGAAUGCGCUUACAAAACGUCAGGAAUACUUGGAUCAACAGCUGCAGAAACUGGUCGGGAAACCUGACAAAACAGAAGACGACACAGACCGAGAGGCUCAGCUGCUAGAGAUGAGGCUGACUCUGACGGAAGAAAGGAACGCUGUGAUGGUGCCUUCUGCUGGCAGUGGAAUCCCUGGAGCACCUGCGGAGUGGACACCUGUGCCUGGUAUGGAGACGCACAUUCCAGUCAUUUUCCUUGAUUUAAAUGCGGAUGACUUCAGCUCUCAGGAUAACCUUGAUGAGCCCGAAGCUGGUGGCUGGGAUGCCACUCUGGUUGCUGAAGAUGAAGAUGAGUUCUUUGAACUGCAGAUCGUAAAGCAUUCUGACAGUGAGGUGAAGGCGGAAGCUUCCUGGGACUCCACAGUUCAUAACUGCCCACAGCUCAGCAGAGGGACAGUAGCAGAGCAAAGAGUUUUCCUUAUAGUGCGGGUGACGGUGCAGCUCAGCCACCCUGCAGAAAUGCAGAUUGUCCUCCGUAAGCGGAUAUGCGUCAAUAUCUAUGGCAAGCAGGGGUUUGCUCAGAGUUUCCUGAGAAGAAUGUCCUACCGAAGUUCCAUUCCUGGCUGUGGAGUCACCUUCGAAGUAGUUUCAAAUAUUCCAGAGGAUGCUCAGGGAGCGGAGGAACGCGAGGCACUAGCAAGGAUGGCAGCCAAUGUUGAAAAUGCGGCUUCUGCUGACUCAGAAGCCCAUAUAGAGAAAUACCUCCGGAGCGUGCUGGCUGUUGAGAAUAUUCUUACUCUGGACCGACUACGCCAGGAGGUUGCCGUCAAGGAACAGCUAACAGGCAAAGGAAAACUGAACAGAAAGAGCCUGAGUUCCCCAAAUGUCAAUCGACUCUCUGCAAGUCGCCAAGAUCUAAAUCCACCAUAUAGCCUUGCUACUUACAAAUAUCCAAAGGUCCUGGCAGAGAGUCGUUGGGAAAGCCAGCAAGAUGUAUCGCAGUCUUCAGCACAUUCCAACAGAUCCCAGAUGAGUUUGUCAGGCUCUCCUCAGCAGAACGGUUCUCCUGACCCAGGACUCAGCGGCCUGGCUGCCUCGUACUUGAAUCCCGUGAAGUCCUUAGUGCCUCAGAUGCCAAAGCUGCUUAAAUCUCUGUUUCCCAUUAGGGAUGAGAAAAAGGGCAGGCAAACCUCUCCCCUUGCCCAGCAGUCUGUUCCACGAAUUAUGGUUCAGUCUGCCAGUAUUGAUGCCAGUGCUGUAAGAAUUAAACAGGUUAUGCAUGAGGAAGGAAGCAAAGAGCCAUUUGAGAUGGCCGUGCAGUCUACUGAGUUGGAAACAAAUUCUGAAAAGUCACCUAAAGUGCCUUCCACAGCAGAUGUUCAAACCCAGGACUCCCAAGAAGGUCCACCAAGUCCCUUGAGUGAAGCAUCUAGUGGCUACUUCUCUCACAGUGUUUCCACAGCAACCCUUUCUGAAGCACUUGCACCAGGAAACGAUUCCCCCCUUCAGGCCAGCAGCCAGACAGCUGCAGGGAGUGAUGGGCCCCAUCCUGCGAUGCCCCUCCAGCUUGGGUCUGCUGCUGAAGGUCCUGUAAAAUCCUGUUCUGGGAUGGGUUCUGAGGUUACCCCUUCUAUUCCAAGAGGCGAUUCAGUGGCCUCUGGCCUUAAAACUGACCACACGAGAACUAAAGACAACACUAAAGUGAAUGGUGAGGGCAACGUAAGGUCAAGGUCUGUUGUCUCUUCUGUAGCUGUCAGUGAGGAGAAUGUUAAUGCCUCUGUAGCUACUAAUGCUAAAGUCUACCCUUCUACCUCCUCCUCAAAGAAAGAGUUGCAAUUAACACAGCCAUCUGUGACUUCAAUAACCUGGGACCCUCCUUCCGUUACUGCCCAUGGCCGUCCGGCACCCGUUUCUGAAACGGGACCUUCAAAAUUUCAGGUUUUUCCUGACCUUUCUUCUCAGUCCAGCAGUGCAGCCUCUCCAUUCAAAAUCCAAAGAGUAAGGACAUCAGAAUUAAAGUCUUUUUCAAAUAUGUUGGGAGGAGAACAAGGAGAAUUCUCAAGCUCUGAGGAGGAGAAGGUAGGAGAGAGAAGCAAAGGGAAUUCACGAGGGUCUGGACAGAACAAUGGCGCAGAAGCUGCCUCUGAGGAAAAACUGGAAGUAACAUCUGACUCAGAAGAAGCCAAUGAGAUACCAGACUGGCUGAAGGAGGGUGAAUAUGUGACUGUUGGUACCAGUAAGACUGGAACAGUGCGGUAUGUUGGCCCAACAGACUUCCAGGAGGGAACGUGGAUUGGUGUAGAGUUGGAUUUGCCGUCAGGUAAAAAUGAUGGUUCAAUCGGGGGACGGCAAUACUUCAAGUGCAAUCCAGGCUACGGCCUUCUUGUGAAGCCGAAUAGGGUAAAAAGAGCCACAGGGCCUGCAAGACGUCGAAGUGCAGGGAUGAGACUGCAAGGUGGAGCCGUGCCUGAGAACCGGAAGAGUGGCAAUUUCUCUGGGUCAGCCUCCAACUUGGCUUCUCUGACUGCCUUGGCCAAAACCGAAGGUGCAUCUGCUCUACGACCAGAAAAGACUCAGAAGAAUACAGAAAACAGGAAAUCAUGGGCAACCUGAAAGGGGCCUGCUUGGCACCACACUACCUUGUCGCAACUGACACUUUGCAAUAGCCUUUCUUGCACAACUAAGCCAACCCAGGAGACAACCAGCACACAGGGCCGAGUUAUAAGGGGGAUGGGGGUGUAUUCUCUACUAGAGUCAUUGAGGUAUGAUCAAUCCUUGACCUUUUUUUGUGAUGAAGGAGUCGUGUUGAGAUUCCUGAUGCAAAUAGUGUCGCUUCUGUCUGUGCUUUUACCAAACAUUUCCCCCCAAACACACGUGUGUAUACACAGGAAACAAAUGGAUGAGUGUGCUUCAAGGGAAAGCCAUUUUGCCGUAUUGAUUGUAUCCGUUUCUAGCUCUUCUGAGAGAUGCUAGAAUGGGGAUAACUUCUAGAACAGAAACCAAAUACAGCAUGCUAUUGGUCACUAGAGAGCUGUUGACAAAAGGCUCAUCUUUGAACUACAGUUAAGCAAAGAAAAUUUUAUGGCUGAGCAGGUGAAGGAAGGACUGCUAGAAACAGUGCCUAUCACUUUUGCAGUCGGCCUCUGGUCUCUUGCUGUUCCUGUUGAAGCCUCUGGGAAUUCUCUUCACUGUGUUGGAAUGAGGGGUUGGGGCCAGUUCGCCCAACUGGUAGCUUUUAUGAUGCUAAAACCUUUUUUAAGACAUAUCCUUAAUUUCAUGGUGAUCCUAGGUGAUUUUUUACUUUUUAUACUGUAAAGAGAGAGACACAGGAAGGCAUCUGCUAUCCUCCCAUCUAGAACCUUGACAAUUUAAUUUAAACAUGCCAGCAUGCCGUCUGGUGCUACUGUAUUUAUAAAGAUGGUUUCUAGUUACUGGUCUGUUUUGGUCAGAGUAGCUCUUUAACACCGAUGUCCUGAUAUGGUCGUUUCCCCUUGCAUUCUGGGUUUUAGCAUGUUUGUAAAACUUUAUUCCUUCCCCAGUGCUACAGUAUUUAUUUGUUAUUUAUUUCUAUUUUAAAGGUAAUAAUAAUAAAACCCUUGCGACUUUACAAUCAAUCCACCUCCUACCAUUGCACAAAAGAUGCACACUUUAAAAUUAUUUGCAUGCACUCACCCAUCUUCCUGCCUGAUGGAUCUGUUUCUUUGUGCUCCUUUAUGACACUUUUUUCUUCAAGGUGGCAUCUUUCCUUGGAAGAUGUGGCUGACUUGAAGCUUCUGUGGCUGUACUUGGCUUGCACAAGCUGAGAAAAGUCUGCCAUCCACAUGCAGCAGUUUACCAGGAAGUUGGUAAAUUUCCAGUUUCGCUACCAUGCAUGGCCGGUGGACUGCAACUAGUUUGGUGCAUCACAAAGAUUGAGUCUUGUCCAUGAAAACUGGCAAAUUCCAAGUAUUGACCAAUGUAUUGAUAAAACUUUGAGCCAAUUCUGAUAAGAGCAUAUACAGUGGCAGUAUUUCCCCCUCCAGGAGCAUGUCCUGCAAAUGUGUGCAUGUGGAAAUAUAUGAAGGGAUCUCAUUCAGGCAACUUGCUUACAAAUAAUCCUGCAAAUUGCAGCUGGCUAGAGUCCUGCCACGUGUGGGAUCAUCCACAUUGAGUUGCAUGGUUGAUGCUGUCACGACGACAUGCAAUUGUAAAUACCAUACCAACACUGUUAAAAUACCAAACGAACUCUGCUGCAGCUAAGAGAAACAAUGAAUUAGCAACCAAAUAUGGGCCUGGGGAAUGAGUGGGGGUGGGAGUAAAUAUCUAGGAAACCCACACACACACGCACACAGAAGCUGUUUUUUUUUUCUACUGCUACUGCUGUACAAUGGGAAUUUUUGUAUAGUAUCUGCAGAAUGUGGAUUUACAAUUUCUAAUUGUCUUUUAAUAAAAUAAUCAAGUUUGUAGCCACCGGUUUGGGCCGGGCUUUAAAAUUGCAGAUCAUGGUCUUGGUCCAAAGAAAGCUUACCACACAUGACUUGUUGAAAAUUAGGGGAUAUAAUUAUUUGUGACUUCAUGAAAACAGCCUACCUGAACAGGCCAGCUUAGGCCAGACUCAUCAGAGUUUGGGAACUAAGCAGGGUCAGCCAUGGUCAGUACUUGGAUGGGAGAGCACCAAGGAAAGCCGGAGUUGCUAUGAGGAGAAAAGCAAUGGUAAACCUCUCCUCCUCUCUGGCCUGGAAUACCUCAAGGAUGGGGUCACCAUGAGUCAGUUGUGACUCAGCACAAUCUUCUUCAGGAAGACAUGAAACUUGCUUUUAAAAGGAGAUUUCUUGGAUUCCACGUUUCCGCAUCCUUCACUGUGACAACAGCCAAGAACCCUGCCCUCUCUGUGCUGAUAUAUCAGAUAGGUGCAAACAUUUUCUCAUUGUGGCAGUGAUUCAGCACCAACAGUAAAGGACAACCUUAACUACCUUAAUGUUAACUACCUACUUGCAUGUAGGCAUGUGUGGGCAAUCCCUGAUCAGCAAGUAAGCACUGCUGUGCUGAUCUCUCCUGUGCCGUGGUUUUUGCAAGAUUAUCAUGCACUUUACACAAGAGGAAUCAAGGGCCCGUGCUGUAGUCCACAAGCUACAGCUCCUUUAAGCACGCAUGCUCAGAACAGCCCCCUCCUCUCAUACCACAGGGUUUUAAAAAAAUAUAUAUUUUAUUGAACAACAAAACUACAAAAUGCUUGAUUAUGGUUUGAAAGAGUGCAAAAGGAAAUGCUUCAAAAGGUGUUAGCUCAAGACCCACGAGCUUAAAAGCCCAUCUGGGUAGAUUGGAUGAUUUUUUUGUCCCCUUUACAAUAUGACAGGUUGUCCCCCUUUUUUAAAAAAAGUCACUCUUUAAAAUCUAUUAGAUGUAUUCUUCAACAUGUUCUUGAAGAGUGUGUUUUAUGGACUUUUCCAUGUUCCUAAACAGGGGAGAGAGAUGUUCAUCUGUGUGAUUCCUAUUUAUUUGUACAUAGAUCAGAUUUCAUCAGGUGGCUGUGUUGUGGUUGUGUCUUCAAAACUUACUAACUUUCAUUGGAAUUAUAAAACAAAUACUUUCCACUUUCUUACAACAUUUUUUAUUUUUCAACAAUUUUUUGAUUUAACAAAUUUAUCAACAGUAAACAAAAGUAAACAAGUUUUAACAGUACAGGUAAAUUGGUAAAACAAAAACAGAGAGAGAGAGAGAGAGAGAGAGAGAGAGAGAGAGAGAGA